AUGGCCGGGUCGGAAACGCUCAAGUCGGGCCUGCCCGCCAAAACGGGCGCCGACCACCUCCACGAUGAUCCCGAGUUCGCCGCCGAGAUCAAAAAGGCCAGCUGCCUGGCCUCCGUCUUUGGCGGCAAGGCCGUCGCCAUCGGCCCCCGCAUCGCCCCGCUGCCCGACUGGCUCAAGGACGACGCCGGCGUCAUGUCCGACGACGGCGAGGACUCGAGCGCCGCCAUCCUCGAGAAGCAGCUGGCGUCGGAGAACGGCGCGUCCAUCCAGUACCGCACCUGCAGCUGGCAGAAGACGGCCGCCCUGCUCUUCAGCGAGUACAUCUGCCUCGCCAUCAUGAGCUUCCCCUGGUCCUACAGCUUCCUCGGCCUCGUCCCCGGCCUCAUCCUCACCGUCGUCGUCGCCGGCAUCGUCCUCUACACCAGCCUCGUCCUCUGGGAGUUUUGCCUGCGCCACCCAGAGGUCCGCGACGUCUGCGACCUCGGCCAGAUGCUCUUCUGGGGCAAGACCUGGGCCUGGUGGGGCACCGCCGUCAUGUUCGUCCUCAACAACACCUUCAUCCAGGGCCUCCACGUCCUCGUCGGCGCAGAGUACCUCAACACAAUGACCCGGUCCGACAACGUCGCCGGCUGCCGCACCGUCCAGUUCUCCGUCGCCGUUACCGUCAUCUGCUGGCUCGCCUCCCUGCCCCGCACCUUUAGCAUGAUGUCCAAGCUCGGCACCGCCUCGGCUCUCUUCACCUUCAUCUCCGUCAUCCUCGCAACCGUCUUUGCCGGCAUCCAGGGCAGGCCCGCCGGCUUCACCCCCCUCAAAGGCGAGCCUAUUGUCACCGCCAUCCCCGUCCACAGCACCACCUUUGUCCAGGGCAUGGCCGCCUUUCUCAACAUCAGCUACACCUUCAUUGGCCAGAUCACCCUGCCCAGCUUCAUCGCCGAGAUGCGCGACCCGCGCGAGUUCCCCAAGUCCCUCUGGGCUUGCACAAUCGCAGAAAUCAUCACCUUCAGCAUCGUCGGCGCCGUCAUCUAUGCCUUUACCGGCAACCAGUACGUCAAGGCGCCGGCCUUUGGCUCCCUGGAUGAGCUGUACAAGAAAAUCUCCUUUUCCUUCAUGGUCCCAACCAUUAUCUUUUUGGGAUGCCUCUAUGCGUCCGUCACGGCGCGCUUCGUCUUCUUCCGCGUCUUCCGCAAUUCGCGCCACCUCAACGACCACACCAUUGUCGGGUGGGGGUCCUGGGGCGGCAUCCUGCUCGUCACCUGGAUCCUGGCCUUUAUCAUCUCGCAGCUUAUUCCCUUCUUCUCAUCGCUCUUGUCCGUCAUGUCUUCACUCUUCGACAGCUGGUUUGGCUUCAUCUUCUGGGGCGUCGCCUACUUCCGCAUGCGCCGCGCAGAUCGCGACGCCGGGCGCAAGCGUCGCCCCAUUGUCGACUACCUGUCCAUGGCACUCAAUGUCGUCAUCAUCCUGACCGGCGUUGUCUUCCUCACCGUCGGCACGUACGCCAGCGUGCAGGGCAUCAUCGACUCCUUCCACGCGGGCGAGGUCGGGGGUGUGUUUUCGUGCAAGAGCAACGGGUUAUGA